CCCGUCUAAGACACCGCCCGGGAAGGAGCGGUGUCUAAGCGAAAACAACAUGGCGGCCUGCGAAUGGGUUGCUCGUACCAGGAAAUAUGAAAGGGAGAAAAACGUGCUUCCGAGUGAGACAGCAAUCGAUCAUCCACUGAAACUGGGUUCUGUGAUUAACGUUGAUAACAGUCGCAAAAAAUCGAGCACUCCUUCUGAUAGUUUAUCUAAAGGCACUCCUGCAGCUGAUCCUUCGAGUUUGAUUCAAGCAAAACCUGACGCGUUUGAUGGGCUGGAUCCAUUGUCAAUGUUUGCUGCUCAGGAAGCCAGUACAAAGAAAACAUCAUCAGUUUCUGCACCAGCAUCAAAGAAAGAACAGUCAUCCUCUGUAUCUAAUAAAGAAAAAAGCCAAAGUGACUUUAAACCAUGGCUCAAGAAGAGAGCAGGAAUCCUUGCUAAAUAUACAACCUCACAAAAACUGUCCAUUAGCACGAGUUUCUUGUCAUCAUCUGAAAAAUCUGAAAAGAUGGUAAUCAAGCAGCAAACAACAGUUGCAGAUAAAGUCAAGCACAGACUAGAACAGUUAGAUGACUUUGAAGAAGGCUCAGUCAAAGAAAUGCUGAAUCUGAGUCAGCAGGAUUAUGUCAAGAGAAUCGAAGAGCUAAACCAGGCCUUGAUCACUGCUUGGGAAUCAGAUCAGAGGGUGAAGGCUCUCAAGAUUGCCAUUCAGUGUGCAAAGCUUCUUGCUGAUGUGUCUGUAAUUCAGUUUUACCCAAGCAAGUUUGUGCUUGUGACUGACAUACUGGACACAUUUGGGAAGCUUGUGUAUGAAAGAAUUUUCCGCAAAUCAAGUACUUUUACACCAGGCAGUAAUAUACCCACCAUGCUUCCAGAAAACUUCACACCUGACCAGGUGCCAGACUCAGCCAAGGAAACUUGUAGGAACUGGUUUUACAAGAUUGCUUCAGUGCGAGAACUUAUUCCUCGGUUCUAUGUGGAGACAGCUAUAUUGAAAUGCUAUAAUUUCUUUACAACUGGUGAGUUUUCACAAGCUCUUGUUCGCCUCACCAAGAUGAUACGAGGUAUUGGUGACCCUCUGGUUGCUGUGUAUGCAAGAACUUACAUCUGUAGGGUUGGUAUCCUUGUGGCACCUGAUGUGUGUGAUCAUUUGAUUGAAAACUUGUUCAGUUUCAUAGUCAGCUAUAAACAGCUUCAAGGUGAUACAGUGCAGAAUAUUCUGGCAGAGCAGAGGCUUGAAAUGCACCAGUACCUUCAGUUGUAUCCGCCAGCUUUAGACUGGAUCCUACAGUGUAUUGCAGAGAAGAGCCCAGAGUCUACACUUACAGAUAUCUUAAAUCGUUGCCAAAAGGAAUGCAACAGUGCAUUACUUCUGAAUUCAAUCAUCACAGAGUUUAAGCCAGAAUACAUUGCUGAGAGGGCUCUGCAGUUCACUGAACUGAUAAGAAAUUGUGAGGAGGCAGGAUUCCCAAAGCAUCACCUGUACAAAUCACUUGGGAUGAACUUGAGCCAAUGUGAUCCGCCUGAAGCACAGAGACUACAAAUUCUUAGCGAGGUUUGGAAGGUUGUAAUGAAAAUGAAACAUCCCCCUGACUACAUAGGCUGUGCGGAGGCCUGGAUAGAGUACGUUUGUAAGAACUUCACGAAACGCGAAGUCAACACCCUCAUCGGAGACGUUAUCAAGCACAUGACACCGGAAAGGGCAUUUGAACAACACUACCCUCAGCUUCAGUCGAUUAUUUCCAAAGUACUAGACCACAUGCACGACUUCUCUGUUCUUGUAUCAAUGGAUAAGUUUCUUCCUUUCUUGGACAUGUUUCAAAAAGAAUCAAUCAGAGUGGAUGUUUGCAAACUGAUUGUGGAAGCUUUUGUGAAAUACCAAGAGGAACCUACGAAUGACCCGGUGGUUGUGAACUCUUUGCUGUAUGUUUGUAAAACGAUGCACGACUCUGUAAAUGCAUUGACCUUGAUAGACGAGAGGAGAGUCAUUGGUCAUCUGAUCACAGGAUUCCUACGUAAGAUUGACUUUGGCCGUGAUUUUGAGAGGCAACUGGAUUCUUUUGUGGAUGCACGUUCCUCUUUCUCCAGUCUAGAAGCUGUUCUUGUGAUGCUUGUGCAGAGUGUUAAUCUUCUCGCCAUGAAAACUCGAGAAGUAGUCAAAGGGAACCACACUCGAAAGACUGCGUCCUUCAUCAGAGCUUGUGUUGCCUACUGUUUCAUUACCAUCCCCUCCAUAGAUGACGUUUUCUCUCGCCUCAAGCUCUACCUCCUGUCAGGACAGGUUGCCAUGGCAAAUCAAGCCCUCAGUCAAGCGGAUGCAUUUUUUAGAGCGGCGAUCAGUCUUGUUGCUGAAGUGCCACGAACGAUUGAAAUUGACCACAAGGUGAAAUCGUCGGAGCCAUACCUUCUUGCCUACAUGAACAGCUUUUUCUCCACCUUGUUGGUAGUACCGGACUCGCCAGAUCAAGGCGCGCUGCAUCUUGUUCGAGGCCUGCUUAAUGUUGUACAAGAGUACACUUGGGAAAUAAACAGCGGCGCCAAAAUGAGUAUUUACCUAAAUGCCGUUUGCCUUCUCUCCGCCAUGAGUCAGGAAUAUUUCAUUUAUCAUGUUGAUAAAGUGGAUUCGAAUGACAGAUUGUACGGUUGUGAUAAGAAAUUUCUAGCAGAGAUAAAUCGACUAGUUUUUACGUUAAUGGAGGCUGUGUUUGAACACUUAAAGUCCUUGACCUCCGAAGAGGAGCUCAAAAAGCAGGCCGCUAUAGCUAUUGGGUUCUUCAACAGGCUGUUGUGUCAUGCUGAUCUCUCACAACCUCAGUUAGCUACACUGGCCCUUAACUUGUGGAAUCUCGCUCAGAAACAUGGCUAUGGGAACACAAAAUACACAAUGCGCACACUUGAGUAUGUCAAACAGAAAGGUUCCUCGGGACACAAGGAAUAUGCGACCAUUGCACAGAAAAUGAACCUACAAACAAAAAUUUAAAUGUUCCUUCGUCCUAUGCAACGGUUUCAUUCCAUGACUAAAAGUGUAAUUACUGAGAAGAAAUUACGGCGUUAUUUUAGAGAGUUGAUUACAGCCUCAUUAACAGAUUAUUAAAAAAAAAAAUUAUAUCUCGUCCGCAUAGAGGGGAUCUGUAGAUACAACAGGGAUUUAUGUAAAAUCCUCGAGUAUUCCAUAGUGUAGGACGCUUUUAUUGACUUUGACUUACAAGAAAAAGUACCGCGCUGUAUUCCCGCGGAAUCACUUUCUCCUAAAAGCGACUCUUUGAGCAUAAGUGUGUUCAAACAAUGGAGACUUAAACAAUUUCUUUGAAGAGUGUAUGACUUCAGAGAGAAGUUGUAGUCGGUGAUCCUCAAAGGAAUUACUUAGAAAAGAUGUAUACUCUGGAAAGCUUCAUGGUCCUGUUAAUGACUGUAAAAAAGGAGCACGAUUGUAUUUGGUAACAAUAACCAGAUAGGUACCUUUCUGAUUGAAAAGUGAUAAAACUGUGGCUACUGUG